AUGAACAGCAUGCAAUUCAAUAUAAGUAUUGCACCUAUUUAUAUGAUUGAAGUAUAUGAUAAUCAUUCAUGGAAGGCAGGUAGAGUUCUCAAAGUUUUACCUGGAAGAUUAUUUGUUGUAAAAUUAAUGGAAUCGCUACUGGAGAGGACAUAUCAUCUAUCUGUUAUUCGCGUUCAGCUGUUUUGGGAGAGUGAAAGAUGGCUGCAUAAUAAUGUUGAGGCUGGUAGAGACCAUUUCUUGAAAAUGGGAUUUUGGCUCAAGAAGAAGUCGCAUUUUGAAAAUCAAUUUCUGGAAUUUAAUAAAAAAGCAAAUGCUGGAUUCACUGAACAUGAACAUGAUGAGCCCAACAAACUUGGAACAAAGUAUCUAAAAAGAAAGGCAGGCAAUGAAGUCCCAUGCGGCUAUCAAGCAGAUAUUUUGAAGACAGAAGAUGCUUCUGAGGAAAGGAGUGCAGCUAAAAAGUUUAGGUAUCAAGAGCUUGUAGCACAAUCAGUCUUGCCUGUGCUCAAAAAGGUAGAUCCAAUUUCUUCACGCAAAAAAAUUGUGCGCGAGGAAUACUUGUGCAUGUCUCCUAGUACUUGCAGUAGCAAUGAGUUAGAUUAUGUGUUGUAUUCUGAUAAGAAGAAUUCAAAACAGAGUUCCAAUGAAAGUCAUUUUGAUGAUCCCCAGUCUCCCUGUGAAUGUGCAAACAGCAGACAAAAUGAUUUUUUUCCUGAAAAUGAAGUAGACUGUAGAAUACACGAAUUGGAAAUUACUGCAUAUCGUUCUACAAUGAGAGCAUUUUAUGCUUCUGGGUGUUUAACUUGGGGGCCAGAAACAUUGCUGACAGAUCUUCGUCAUGAGUUGCACAUUUCUGAUGAUGAGCAUUCAUCUGAGUUGUCACGGUUGUGCUCAAGAAAAGCUCUGUAAGAUAA